AUGAGCAUCUUCGUGAAUUACGACGGCCCAAAGCUGGACAAGGAACAAAAACGUGUUGUUAGGUCUCGACCCAUGGUCGUGGUCCGCGGCCGGCGCAAGGAAGCUAAAUGUCAGGUCAAGUCGGGCACGUACGAUAACCUUGGCCCAAAACCGGAAGCUUGUCUGGCCGACACCCUCCAAAGCAUUUGCCUGUCCACCCCCCUCGCCUACACCCCCCUCACCCCCACCCCCACCACCCACCUCACCACCCCACCGUCCUUCCCCGCCGGCGACCAGCUGCGCUCCUGCCCGCUGCUGCUCUGCGACGGCGAGGAUCUGUCGCUCGCGGCGCGGUAUGUUGAUCCGGCUACUCGUGCGGAACUGGUUGCUGCGUUGAGGGGGGCGUGGGGGGUGUUUGCAGGGUUGUUUUUGGGGGGUUUGGGCGGUGGUUGUGAUCGGGGGGGUUCGCCUGGCUCGGAUGCGGAUGCCGGCUCGGGGUGGAGUAGUGAUGGGAGUACGGCCGUGGGCGGCGGGGAGGGGGAGGUGGAUGGCGGGGUGCUGGACUCCGUACCGGUUACGGUUGGAGGUUGGGAUGGCCUCGCUGACGGCGGCUGGUGUUUGUCUGUUCCAAAUCUGGAUUUGGUUCCGGUUUUGUCGCCAAACAGCGUGCCGGCCCGCCUGCUGGAGACAUGCGUUCUGGCGACGCGCAUCAUGCGCAACACGCUGGCUGACAGGUUGGAUGGGUUGGAUGAUCCCCGGAAUGGGCUUGAUGUGUUGGUCAUGUAUGAGAAUGUGCGGUUUGUGGGGCUGAAGGCGUGGACGGGGCUGCCGAACCUCAUCGGCUUUGCGGCCUCUAGGGAUAUGCACAUGAGGUCGUACUUCAUUGCCGAGGUUGUUCGCUGCGCUUUCAGCUACGGCUGCUACCAAAUGGAGGUCUUCCAGGCUGUGCUCAGGAAUUUCCUUCAUCUCCGCAACGCCAUCGCCGGCCGCAAGAUGGCCAUGGAUGAUUACACCACUGGAAGGGUCCUAGGACUGGCUCGAUCAUAG